GCACGAAAGAUGAACCCGGUCACGCGACAAAAUAUUUAAACUUCGCUUACGCUAAUAUCGGACAUGCAUGAACAGCGUCGUAGUUUAAGGAUGAAUUAGGGAAUGUAAAUGAACACAUUAAUGUUGGAUGUUGUGAAAUCAAGAUUCAAGAUUUAUGACAGAUUUGUAUAACUUAAGAAAUCAACUUCAUUCGCUAAAAAAAGGAAAACUGAUUUGGACUGACCCAACCAACGAUGAUAUUAAUUAGUAUCUAGGACGAUGGCACUGAAUAGUAUUUACGACUUUGUCUGGGACGACAAAUGGUGGUUCCCUAACAAAAUAUUUGGCAAACAUUAUGGCUGGAAGGAUUUGGAGAACCAACCAGGAUCCGAAGAUUAUUAUCCACAGGUCGGAGAUCUGCAAUGGGGUAUACUGCUUGGAGCAGGAUUGGUUAUACUGAGAUUUAUCCUCGAAAGGUUUCUUAUAGCACCGCUGGGAUAUAAGCUAGGUAUAGAACAAAAGCGGUUCCCGUACAUCACACCUAACCCUCUUCUAGAGUCGGUUUACAAGCAAAGACAUGAACCAAAUUAUGAAGUGUUAUCAAAGCAGACUGAUUGGACAGUAAAACAGAUAGCAGUGUGGUUUCGGAAGAGAAAGAAACGCGAUGCCACGCCCAAAAUCAAAAAGUUUUGUGACAGCGGAUGGCAUUUCAUGUUUUAUACAACGUCAUUUAUUUACGGUCUAUGUUUGCUAUGGAAUAAACCAUGGUUCGGUAAAACAAUGGAAUGCUGGGUAGGCUGGCCAAAGCAGCAUGUAUCGAAUGAUAUUUACUGGUACUAUAUGAUAGAACUAGGAUUCUACUGCAGUCUCAUCUUUACUCUACUUUCAGAUCACAAACGAUCGGACUUCGGACAGAUGAUUGUCCAUCACAUUGCAACAAUAGUUUUAAUUUAUUUUUCCUGGAUCAGCAACUUUGUUCGAGUUGGGACCCUUGUACUCCUUGUACAUGAUGCUUCGGAUCCGUGGUUAGAGAUAGCAAAAAUUGGAAUAUAUCUAAAAUGGAAGACUUUUACAGAUGUUUCUUUUGCCAUAUUUGUUCUUAUUUGGACUGUAGCCAGACAUUUCAUCUUGCCUUUUGUAAUAUUAUACACUACAACCAUAGAAGUACUAGACAUUAUUGAUGAACCUACAUUUGUAAACUACUUUUUCAACUUCUUUUUAUAUCUACUCAUGAUACUUACAUGUAUAUGGUCAUAUUAUAUAUAUAAAGUGGUCUACAAGACGCUCACUGAAGGAGAUGUCACAGAUACCCGAAGUGAUUCGGAAGAAGAUGCUGAUAUUCUAGAAGAACAAAAUGGAGUUGAUAAUGCAAAAGAAAAAGUAGAAAAUGGAAAUGGUAACACUGUAGAAAACGGCAAUAACAAAUUAACUGAAAGUACAUCUAAAAAUGGUAGUACACUAAAACAUUAACGAAGUACAGUAAAAAUUGAGAAACUUUCGUGAUUUUUAAAAUGGAAUCAUUCUUAAAAAGUGGAAACAUUUAUGUAGAUAUUGGAAACAAUGGCAUGGGCAAAGUAGAAUAGAUGACUACAAACCAAAAGGUAAUGGUAAACGCUGAAGAAAAUAGGAGUAAAUGGAAACUAAAUGGAAAUAGCUAUGCAUUAAAAAAUCGAAAUAUGCUAAAAAUAUCAACACUGAAUAGACAUGAAUUUGAAAAUGAUAUUCAUACAGAAAAUUUAGUCAUUUUUAAUAAUGGAAGCAUGAGGAUGAGAUAUUGACACUUUUAAAAGAACAUGAAAACGGGAAUAAAAUGAGCAUAUUGAGAACUCGAAAAUGGAAACAUUAUGAAACACUUUCAAAAUACCAAAGAAAGGCGUUAAAACAGAAACAUUCCUAAAUAGUGGAAAUAAUAAGGGUAGUUGUUUGAUAUGGGGAAUAAAAGAGAUUUAAUCCCAGAUCGAAAACAAAAACAACAAAAGUUUACAAGAUUGCUCAAAACCCCAAAUUACACUACUGGUUACUUUGGUCGAAAUAACAGAUAUCAGUCGAAAAGAAAAAAACUUUAGAAUAAGUAAAAACAUCGACCUCUUCUGUCCCUGUGUUAAACACCAGAAUGUUUACUUAUAGGAAAUAAAAAAAAGAGACAGAAUGGUUAAUAGAACAAUGAUUGAUUUUAACAGAAAAUUGACUCUUUGCUUAAUUGUCCAAAUAGCCAUGCUGAGAGUACUAGAAGUUCGCAGAUAUUUUCGCGGCACUCAUAUUUUCAGCAUGACAUUAACGGACAGUAUGGAUAUAGUCUGGUACACUGUUAAGGUCGGGAUUUUUUUUUUUUUUUUUAUGUUUUUAUUUUAAUUUGUUUCGAAGUAAAUGGGAGCCUAUUUGGGCCAGUCAUACGUAUUCCUUUCGAGUAAGCAAUUGUAUUCGUAGAAUAUGUAUCUAUCUUUGCUUGGUGCCAUUACAGUACUAUUUUAUAUGCAUUUUUAUCUAUUCAUGUAACUUUAUCUUUUAUCUUUUUUUAAAAUUUUUAUAUAUAUUUAUCUAUCGGGCUUUAUUCACACCGACAUUGUUCGGGUCAUAUGUAGACCUUCCGCAAGCCAGCUGGAUGACUUCCUCACUGGCAUGACAGCCCGAUCAGGGCUAGAAUCCAUGGAAUUGUGGGAAAAGUGAUUCGAAGUCAUCAGUGUUAACCACUCGGCUACUUUUGAAUUUGAAUAAUGUUCUGAAACGAAUAAAUAUACUUAAAUGUUUUUAAUGCUUUGCUUUAAAACAUUUAAAGGCCGUAACAAAGCUGCACUAGGUGUGGCUUAUUUGUUACAAUGGAAGAGAGUUUUGCCAUAGUCUUUUCUGCCUGUCUAUCGAUCUCCUUUUUAUAAGAAUAGUCACUUGAUAAUGUUUAAUAUUUUAAGUUUACUGAUACAGAAAUAAUUUCGUUAUUAUUCUUUCAUCGAAGAAUUGUCAUAAUUGUG